AUGUUUUCUUGGGUGGGUGGUGUGUGUUUUCUUGGGUGGGUGGUGCGUGUUCUUGGGUGGGUGUGUGUUCUUGGGUGGAUGGGUGGUGGGCUUUUCUUGGGUGGUGGUGGGGCUUUUCUUGGAUGGAAGAAUCUUGAUUUUUAG